AUGUUUGAUAGCUGUUUUCCACCAUUACGAAUGUGUCUGGAAUGUGUACAAGGACCAAGUUUUUCAGUAACUCAAAACAGUUCACACUCUCAAAAUGAACAACAUUCUGUGAGAUUAGAUACAGUGUUCAUGGGUGAUGAUGUGGUACUGCUGAAAAACGGUCAGCGAAUUUGCGGUUCAGGUAUAUGGGGCAUUGGAUUAGCGACACGGUCUGCAAUUUUGAAUUCAGUACCAGUAACUGCAAACUGUUGGGUUUUGAGACAGGAUGGGCAAGUAGUGGCUAAUGGUGAAGUGUUGGGGAAGCUAGAUGAACCGAUCGAUGAGAGUGACUGCAUUGGCGUUGCAUUUGAUCAUGUGGAACUUAAAUUUUACAAAAAUGGUGUAUUGUUGCCAUUAUCAAUCUCUAACGUUAAGGGGCAAGUUUAUCCUAUUAUUUAUGUUGGUGAUAAUGCAAUUUUGGACGUUGCAUUUCGAUCGUUUUCGUAUAAUGCUCCUGUGGGAUAUGAGGAAAUCAUGCUGGAGCAGACUAUCCUUUGA